AUGGAAGAAAAUGUUGGGAGAGGUAGACAUGGCAAGCCAAGCAAUGCAAAUGCUUCCGCUCGUAGAGAGCUUGCUGCAAAUCGCCCUGCCAAACGAGGUCGUAGUAAGCAGCAAGGACCAAUUCCCGCGCGAGGGACACAUGAUGCUGAGGCGGGUGGUUCGCGUACGCGUACACGGUCACGUUUAGGCCAAGCACAAAAUGCUGCUGAGGAUGAUGAUUUUGACGCGGAUCAAUUUCUAAAUCAGGAUGCCGAGGUUAGGGUGUUACAUGGCGAACCUGAAGAACCGCAACCUGAUGAACCGCAACCUGAUGAACCGCAAAUUGAAGAACCGCAACAACCACCACGACGGAGACCGCAACAGCGACCACGACAACCACGACGAGAUGCAGCAAAUGAGGGUUAUGGAGGAGGACCAAGUGAUAUGUCAUUAUUAACACAAUACGGAAAUCAUAGGGCGGUUCCGAUAUGGGAUGCAGAACCAGAUGAUCACGAGGUUUUAAAGAGGACUCUGCGUUGCCAAGCUAGCGGGAAAAAGGUUAUGGACAUCGUCAAACCGCCUCGUAGUGAGAGGUGGUUUUGGGAUCCAAUAGAGGCAUCGGGAUUGGAGCCGCUUACCCGUGUCAAUUUUAGCGUACUUGACUAUGGGGUUAUAUGGGCAUUUGUUGAAAGAUGGCAUCCGGAAACAAGUACUUUCCACCUUCCGUUAGGUGAGCUCGGCAUCACAUUGGACGAUGUACAAUGUCUGUUACAUCUUCCAAUCCAAGGAAAGUUUUUGAACCAUACGAAGAUGUCAAGGGGAGAAGGGGCUGACAUGGUUAGUUCAUAUCUAGGAGUUGAGCGAGAGGAUAUUGAUAAAGCAUUUGCCGAAACCAACGGGGUACAUUUGAAGCAUACUACCCUGCAAACUCUAUACACAACAAACCAGACGUCUGCUGAAAGAGCGAUUGCUGAAAAUAAGCCGGCGCAUGUUGUUAGGCUUUACAGGGAGAGGAGCCAACAAGAGCAGUUACUACGCGGAUGUUGUGUAUUUGCAGUACUUUCAAGAUUUGUCAUGCGUUCAUGA